CACUAAAUGAGCCAGCCGACCUGUGCCCCCCCGGGGGCCUCUGAGAUCGGGGUCAAUGAAACGGGAAGAUGCCCCUCCAACGUCACAUUCCAGGCCUCGCUCUACGCGGCCACCUACACCGUGGUCUUCAUCCCGGGGCUGCUGGCCAACAGCACGGCCCUGUGGGUCCUGUGCCGCUUCGUCCGCCAGAAGAACAAGGCGGUCAUCUUCAUGGUCAACCUGUCGGUGGCCGACCUGGCCCACGUGCUGUCGCUGCCCCUGCGCAUCUACUACUACGUCAACCACCACUGGCCCUUCCCGCCCUCGCUGUGCCUCCUCUGCUUCUACCUGAAAUACCUGAACAUGUACGCCAGCAUCUGCUUCCUGGCCUGCAUCAGCCUGCAGCGCUGCUUCUUCCUGGUGCACCCCAUGGGCGCCCGCGGGUGGAGGCGCCGAUACGACGUGGCCAUCAGCACCGCCGUCUGGACCGUCGUGGGGUCCGUCUGCCUGCUGUUCCCCCUCCAGCGGUGCAUCAAGCCCGGGUGUUGCUUCGCCGACCUGGGCUACAAAGAAAUUAAGAACCAGCGAUCCGGGGCCGUGGCUGGGGCCGUGGCCAUGGUCACCGUGGCCGAGCUGGCGGGCUUCCUGGCGCCCACCUUCAUCAUCGGCUGGAGCACGUGGCAGAUCCGCACUUCCCUGCAGCAGCUGCCUGGCUACCCGAGCGCCCAAGAGAAGCAGCGGGCCCUGAGGCUCGUAUACACGUGUGCGGCCGUGUUCGCCAUCUGCUUCACGCCCUACCAUCUUAACUUCUUCUUCUACUCCAUGACCAAAGUGAAGGCCAUCACCAACCCGGACAUCAGGAACAGUUCUACCUACUUCCACCCAUUCACCUUGUGCCUGGCCAGCCUCUCCUGCUGCCUCAAUCCCCUCCUCUACUACUUCACCACGUCCGAGUUCCGUGAGCACCUGUCACGUCAAAGUAGCUCCCACACCCACUCCCGCCUCAUGAGCGCCUCGUCUAACAGGGAGUGACCUGGGUCGGUCCGGUCUGGCCCAUCGGCUCGGUCUGGACCGUAACCGGGUGGUCUGGCAUGUUUUGGCCACGUCUGGGGGGCAACCCCCCAUUGGCUUAGUCUAGCCCGUGUCAAGGAAGUCUGGCUCGGGUCCCGGCAGGGCGGAGAGUUUGGGUUGGUUUGGAGGAGUAAAAGUUCUCAGUCCAUCUUGCCCUCACCCUCCUCCAAUCAAUCAACAGUAUUUAAUCCAUGGCUCUGGAGGGCCAGGGCUGUGGGCAGUACACCUCUGCCUGUCCCAAGGUUCCAGUGGAGGCCACCUUCAGCAUGACUGAGGUCAGUGAGACAGCAUCCACAAGCAAGAGGAUGUAGACU